GGGCCGUUCCAGUGUUUGGUUUUGACAAGUCCCUGCCUACUGGUAUUGCUUUCAAAAUGGUCACUGUUGCACCUCGGCUAGCUGUUCUUUCUUCACAGCUUGCUCCUUAGGUGCCAAGGCUUCUCUCUAAACCCCGUUUGAAACCCAAAUAAAUUUUUUUUAUUUGCUUUGUAAUGUAUGAAAAGCUCUCUUGAGGCAAAAGCAUAAGGCGUGCUUUUGUUUGCCGCUUUUAGUUUUUAAGGGGGUGGGGGGCCACCACCUUUGCUGUGUGUGUGAAACUGGUGAAGGGGUCCUAUAUAAGAAGCAGGGCUGUGCAAAGAAAGAUCUCAGAAGGAAGUAAAGGAGGUUUAAGAGCAGCCUUCGAAACCCCUUUUGCUCUUCGUUUGUUGGAAGGCAAGGAAGGAAUCCUUUGAACCAUUGUUUGGAGGGAAACUUCCAGCAAUUUCCUUAGGGAGGUUACCUUCAAACUUUCCUGGUUUAAAUAUCAUCUAUCUUCUAUCACAAACCCACCUGUUCUCUGUUUUCCCAAGAGCAACCUCUGUCUGUCUGUCUGUCUGUCUGUCUGUCUGCUACUUCCUGCUGUCAAAAAUCCGUAAGGGUCUUGAAGCUUGCAUAGAAGCAAUUUAGUGGUUUUAAUUCUCUGGAGUAUUCCUCUUGUGCCCGUCCUCUUGACUGAUCCUGAUAAACAAAAAAACAACAUAAAAUGGGAGUUGGAGGCACUCUGGAGUAUUUGUCAGACUUGAUGGCUAGUGGCCAUAAGCACAAGAAGAAGAAGAAGCAGAUGCAGACUGUGGAGCUCAAAGUCAGGAUGGACUGUGAUGGGUGCGAGCUCAAGGUCAAGAAUACCCUCUCUUCAUUGAGUGGAGUUAAAACUGUGGAGAUAAACAGGAAACAGCAGAAGGUUACUGUAACGGGGUAUGUUGAUGCAAGCAAGGUGUUGAAGAAGGCAAAGUCAACAGGGAAAAAGGCUGAAAUUUGGCCCUAUGUGCCUUACAACCUGGUGGCUCAGCCUUAUAUUGCUCAGGCUUAUGACAAGAAAGCUCCUCCUGGUUAUGUUAGGAAAGUGGAAAACAAUGCCACCACUGGCACCAUGACUAGAUACGAGGAUCCCUACACCACCAUGUUUAGUGAUGACAAUCCAAAUGCCUGCUCUAUCAUGUAGCAGCAGAAGAUGAGAUUUACAGAAACCAGCUUGUUUCUAUAAAUGCCUUCCCUCCUCCCACAACCUGAUAAGUUUUCCCACCACUGUAAAAUUCCAAUCUAGCCAGAGUUCCCUUCUUCUAAUAGAAAGGUGUUUAGAAAUUAUUGGGUUGAUGAACUUCUCUUCCAUUUUUUGAUUGGGGUCCGUGUUCUAGUAUCUGUUGCAAUUUUGCAAUGAGUGGUUUGGAUGGAACAGAAUAGUUGGGAAGUACUUGUUAUGAGACACCUACUAGUAUCUUUUUUUCUUCCGUAUAAUAAAAAGACAACACUGUAUCCUUCUUGGUUUA